AUGUCGGGUCCUGGAGACCAGAAGGGUGUUGUCGAUGUCGGAGUCGGCGAGUCUCAAUUGCAGUACUCGCCAGAUGCGCAUCUUCAGCGCAAACUUGGCGGCAAGGAAGUUCAACUCUUUGCCAUUGGAGGCGCCAUUGGCACAAGUGUCUUUGUGACGAUGGGCUCCUAUCUUCCUCACGGUGGUCCUGCAGGUCUCUUCUUGGGCUACACGCUUUGGUGUAUGAAUGUUUGGUGUGUGAAUGAAUGCUUUGCAGAGAUGGUGGUAUACGCCCCAGUUCCCAGUGGCUUCAUCCGUUUCACUUCCGUCUGGGUCGACGAGGCACUGGCUUUCUCACAGUCGUGGGCUUUCUUUCUAUGCCAGGCUCUCCUCAUUCCUGCCGAGAUCACAGCCCUGCAUGUGGUGAUCACCUUCUGGACAGACAAGUUUCCUGUUGAGGCCACAGUGGUUGUUGUGAUUGCCAUCUAUGGAGUACUGAACUUGUUCAGCACAGGGUUGUUUGGCAAAGCUGAAUUCUACAUGAGCCUUGGCAAGAUCUUCCUGAUCUUCCUAUGUUUCGGCUUCACCUUUUUCACCAUGAUUGGGUGCAAUCCUCUGGGGGAUGCGUACGGGUUUCGAUACUGGAACAAUCCCGGUGCAUUUGCGGAAUACCUCACGACUGGAUCCCUCGGUCACUUCUGGGGUCUCUUGAGCUGCAUGACCUUUGCCAGUUUCGCAGUCUGUGGACCGGAGUAUGUCAGCAGCGUGGCAGGAGAAACGAAAUCGCCUCGUCGUGUUCUACCGAGCUGCUUCUCAAGCUUCAAAUGGCGCCUGAUGUUCUUCUUUGUCGGCUCGGCCCUUUGCAUCGGCAUUGUCAUCCCUUACAACGACCCAACUCUUGCAGCAUAUUUGAGUGGCGAGGUGUCUGGCGGCGGCACCAGCGCCGCCGUGCCAUACACUAUUGCAAUGCGCCGCAUGGGCAUCAAGGGUCUUCCUCACCUGAUCAAUGCAAUCCUACUCACUUCUAUCUUGAGCUGUGGUAAUGGAGUCUUUUUUGCUGCCUCCCGAGCACUGUUCGUCAUGGGUGAGACAGGCCGGGCGCCGAAAUUCUUCACGAAAACGACCAGACGAGGCGUACCGAUCUAUUCGGUGGUCGCAUGUCUCCUCGUCGCCUUUCUUGCCAUGAUGGGUGCUGACAGCGGAGCCAACGAAGUUCUCCACUACUUCAUCGACCUCUGCACGAUUUGCGGUCAGUUCAACUACCUAUGUGUAUGUGUGACAUAUGUCCACUUCUACUACAGCAUGAAACGACAAGGAGUAUCUCGCGACACACUCCCAUACAAAGCACGAUUCCAGCCGUAUGGGGCAUACAUUGGCGCGACGGCGGCCGUGGUGAUGAUGUUUUUGCUGGGAUUUGACAUCAUCAGUCCUUUCUCCAUCAAGUGGUUUUUCCUGGACUACACGCUGCUGGCAGCCUUCCCGAUUGCAGCCAUCGUAUGGAAGUUCGUCAAAAAGACAAAGUAUGCCGGGUUCGGCAAGGCAGACUUGGGGUUGAAUGGCAUGGUCAAGGAGGUCGAUGAGUAUGAGGACAUGGUUCAGCCGGAGCCAGAGGGCUGGUUCGAGAAGUUCUUCAGCGGCGUAUGGACAUGGCGGGAACUCGCAGAUGCCAUCAGGCGCAAGAAGACGCGUACUUGA